AUGACAACCAUUUCAAGUUCUUUUGAUGGAUGCCCAUCUUCAAAUGAAGUUGCGCGCGUAGACUAUGGCCAUCAUGUGUCUAAAGUUAGCUCAUCUUUCGCAGGGACGAAGCGUAGUCGUACUACUGCUAACAAUAAUUAUGUUGUUUCAUCAAAAGAUGCAUUUGAUGUUGAUGGCGACAAGCUACUGGAAAAAGAAGAAGAUGGAGCUGAUCAUCGUCCCCCUACUAAGUUUAAGAGCCAUAAGGAAGCCGAGAGGAAACGUCGAGAACGAAUCAAUUCCCAUUUCUUAACGCUCAAGUCCGUCCUCUCUAAUACCUGUACCAAAACAGAUAAGGCCUCCUUGCUGACUGCGGCGGUGAAUAAAGUGUUGGAAUUGAAAACGGAAGCAGAUAAAGCCAUGAAUCCUCCAGAUGAACAACAGUAUAAAGAGAACUUCAAAUUCUGGCCGUUUCCGAAUGGGAAUGAUGAUCUUGUCUUGGCUUAUUACGACGACGAGAACUCAACUAAGUUUCUUAGAGCUACGUUUAGUUGCGAAGAUAGGGUGGGUUUGAUGAGUGAAGUAGCAAAAGCAGUGAGGUCAGUUAAGGAAAUAGGAAAGAUUGUUAAGACUGAAAUGUCAAUUGUCGGAGGUCGAACCAAGUGCACGAUUCUCAUCAAACUCUUGAAAACUUCUGCUUCUACUCCUCCUGGUGCUGGCGGCACAAGUGGUGGUGGAACAGAAACAGCAGUUGGUGGGGGGACUACCAAGUCUACUGUUAAUCGCGGUAAGGAUUCUAGCACCAAUACGAGAAGAAGUAUUAUUUGCGACGAUGAUGAUUUGGUUAAACUUCGAAGAGCACUGAAGCCUGUUGUUAAUAAACAAACGACUACUACUGGUUCGGGUUAUAAGGUUUCUUUAUACAACAAUCGCUUCUUUCAUCAUUAAUCAUCAUUUCGCCCGCAUUCAUCUAUCCUGGAACUCUGCCUUCUCUAAUUCUCUGCGAAGCUCUUUCUCUGCCUCAUUUUAAUUUUUACAAGAUACACUGUACUAGCCUACUAGGUAAUGGUUUUGUGAUUUU